AAGUGUGUUGACAUUAGCCUCGAGGUGUGUAACUUUGAUAUUCAGCAUCAGUUUAUUGCCUUUUCGUUUGUCAAAUGCAGCAACCGCAGCUUCUAACGUUUUAGACUUCAUUAAAGAUGACAGCUGCAAUAUCACCCGUUUAUUUGCAGCAACACCCCCCGACAUACACUGGAAUAUCUCCCCACUCUGCCAAUGCCCACGGGUCACUUUCAGAGCAGUGUAGGGACAUGCAUCCAUGUUUAACCACACCUGAAAGUCCCCUGGGUUUCCAGGCAGACCUGUUUCAUACAUCGGAAGACGAAGACGAGCUGCCAGAGAAACGCUUAGAGAUGAGAAAUAAAGGGGAGCUUGCAGAAGAGGAGGUGGCUGACAAAUUAUCCAACCUUGGACUCUCUGCAACUGGACUGGAGCACGUUUACCAGUAUCUUUCUCUUCCACGACAUAGUCUGUCUGACAUAUCCAUCCUCUGCAAUUAUGUCCAUCUUCAGAAAUUAGAACUUCCGCACAACAAGAUAAAAGAUCUAUCCUGUGUGAGCCACAUGCCAUACCUCAUCAUCCUCGACGCGUCCCACAACGAACUCACCGACUUCUUUGGAUUCAAGCCACCCAAAAACCUCAAGGAAGUCGAUUUCUCCCACAACCAGAUAUCCGAGAUGAAGGACUUAUCUGACUACUCCUCCCUGAAAAAGCUCAACCUUGACUAUAACCACUUCCAGGAGAUCCGUGGCCUGGAGAAGUGUGCCAGCCUGGCCCAUCUAAGCCUGGCCCAUAACCAGAUCGGCUGCAUCAGUGGCCUGGACAACCUGCCCCUCAAGCAUCUCUGCCUGAGGGGUAAUCUGAUCCAGACCAUGGAGAACCUCCAGACGCUGUGGCCCCUGCAGGUGCUGGACCUGGCCUGCAACCGCAUCCACAGCCUGGCCGGCCUGCAGAACCUCCACCUGCUGGGGACACUCAACCUGGAGAGCAACCGGAUAAGUGAGAUUAAAGAGGCCACCCAUGUCCAUGACCUGCAGUUGCUGCGAGAGCUCAAUCUGAAGAGGAACCCAGUCCAGGAUCAGCCGGACUAUCGCUUGGCUGUGAUCUUCCUGCUUCAGCACCUGACAGGCUUAGAUGAGCAGAGGGUUACAGCAGAGGAGAAGGUGUCCUCUGUCAAUAAGUAUGACCCUCCGCCCGAGGUGGUGGCGGCGCGGGACCACAUGAUGCACCAGGUGUACCGCCUCAUGCAGCCUCAGGUCAUCCUGGACAGCACUCUGCCGGGUCUGGACACGCCCUACCCCAUGCUGGUUCUGACCGGCCCGCAGGCCUGCGGCAAGAGGGAGCUGGCCCACAAGCUGUGCCAGGAGUACAGCGACUACUUUGCGUACGGUGCGUGCCACACCACCAGGGCACCCUACUUUGGGGAGGAGAAUGGAGCAGACUACCACUUCGUCACAGAGGAAGAGUUCCGCCACAUGAUUCACAUGGGUAAGUUUGUGCAGACCAUGCAGUAUGGAGGCCACUGGUAUGGUCUGUCCCAGGAGGCCAUAGAGACGGUGGCAAGAGAGGGCCUGGCCUGCGUAGUGCAUAUGGAACUGGAGGGCGUGUUCAGUCUGAAGAGCUCCCACUUUGAGCCGCGCUACGUCCUGCUGAUCCCCACCAGCGUGGAGACCUACAGCUGGAGCCUGAAGGCACGCGGCCUCUACACCCAGGAGCAGGUGGAGCGCGCCCUGGCCCGCAUACACACCUACAGCGCCGUGCACCGAGACAAGCCGGGCUUCUUCGACAAUGUCAUCCCCUGUGAUGACAGAAAGGAGGCCUACCUGACCCUGAGGCAGUCUGUGAGGGAGUACCUUGGACUGGUGGAGCAGGAGAGGACCCCGGCCACCACCCCCAGCCCUGACAACACCUCCACAGGGGGCAUGACGAGUGACUCCUUGGUGAUGGAUAGGGGCCGUGGCCAAUCAAGGGCCGAGCUGAGCACUAAAAGUCCCGCCUCCCCCGAUGAGGAGCUCGCACACAGCGCCAACUACCGCAGCAAGCUACAGGCCGAACUCACGCCAGACAAGACCUCCGCCGAGCAGGCGUCCAUCUCCAGGCGAAGGCAGAUGGUGCAGGAGGCCCUGAUGGGGAGGAGUCCUGCUGCAUACUCACAGCUCUUCAAGAGGUGUGCAAACACAGCUCCAUCAGCACUGACCUCCACACAGCGGCAUGCAGGGGGCAACCCACCCUACCCUGACGACGAUAGCAGCUCUGAUGAGUCCCGUGCCAGUUCGGGCCUGUCCAUGCGUAGUUCGGCCGGGGCCUUCUCGGUCACUGCCAGCCCGGCAGCAGGGGCAUCAGGAGGGGUGUCGGCCCAGGCCUCAGAUGCAGACAUGGGGGGUGCCAGCUCCACUCUGGCUCUCGGCCUCCCGGUGGAACCCUUGGACAUCUCCGCCCUGACACCCUCCUCUCACAAGGAUUCUUCUGAGCCUGUCCCGACUCCAGAUGCUCCACGUGGAGGCAUGUCGGGCCACCUCUCACCCUCCUCGGCGGCUCCCUCUGCUGCCUCUCCAUACCCCAGCAGGCCCGGAUCCAAUGCCAAGCCCAUCCUGCCCCCCAUCCCCUCGGGACGCAAGACUGCCGAGCCCCCUGUCCCUGACCCUGCCCCUGGUCCUGGUCCUACCCCCACCAACGCUAGUCAUAGCUAGCCUACAGGCGGCUACCAGGAGCAUUUCAUGGGACCCAUAGAGGAUGGAGGAGGAGGAGGGAGGGGUGUGAA